AUGAUCGCCGACCCCGCGCAGCACGGCCGCGACUUGGUCUGGCAGGCGCAGCACGAGCUGUGGAAGGCCGCGCCCGACUUCAAGCGCGUCCUGGAGCUGGGCAUGGAGGCGCUCAAGGACUUCACGCAGCCGCGGGACCGCGCCAACGCCUGCCUGGUCGUCGCCAAGGGCCACGAGGGCCUGCGCCAGUGGGAGUUUGCGUACAACUACUGGAGCUGGUGCUCCUCGCUGUACCCGGAGAGCUGGAACGACGAGCUCAGGGCGCGCAUGGAGGACUGCAGGCGUCGUCGCGACGAGGUUGAGAGGGCCAGGCGAGGCUCGGCCGGAGGCUACCGUCCUUGA